ACACGUAUUUCCAUAGCCGCAGUACCCAUUAUAUGAACGGCGCUAAAGCUAACUCCAAAAGCCUAAUUUCGUAACAGAGGCUGAGCGUUUAAGAUCACUACUUCGCAUUUUUGCUGCCUCCUCUGCGAUCCAUCGAGGAUGAAGUUCAACAUUGCAAAUCCGACCACUGGCUGCCAGAAGAAGCUCGAGAUUGACGAUGACCAGAAACUCCGUGUUUUCUGGGACAAGAGGAUCUCUCAGGAGGUCAGCGGAGAUGCAUUGGGUGAGGAGUUCAAAGGCUAUGUUUUCAAGAUUAUGGGAGGUUGUGACAAGCAAGGUUUCCCCAUGAAGCAGGGUGUGCUGACACCUGGUCGUGUGAGACUUCUGCUGCACAGAGGGACCCCUUGCUUCCGUGGUUAUGGUAGGAGAAAUGGAGAGCGCCGAAGGAAGUCCGUUCGUGGAUGCAUUGUUAGCCCUGAUCUCUCCGUUUUAAAUUUGGUGAUUGUUAAGAAGGGUGAGAAUGAUCUUCCUGGCCUAACUGAUAUCGAGAAGCCAAGGAUGAGAGGUCCAAAGAGGGCUUCAAAGAUCCGCAAGCUCUUCAACCUUUCCAAGGAAGAUGAUGUAAGGAAGUAUGUCAACACAUACCGCAGAACAUUCACCACCAAAUCUGGCAAGAAAGUCAGCAAAGCUCCUAAGAUCCAGAGGCUUGUGACUCCACUGACAUUGCAAAGGAAGAGAGCAAGAAUUGCUGAAAAGAAGAAGAGAAUUGCCAAGGCCAAGUCAGAGGCUGCUGAGUACCAGAAGCUUCUUGCAACCCGCUUGAAGGAACAGAGGGAAAGGCGUAGUGAGAGCUUGGCCAAGAAGAGGUCCAGACUCUCUGCCGCCUCAAAACCGGUUGCUGCUUAAGUACACUUUUAGGCCUCAAUCCUUUUUCUGGAUUGUCUAUUUCAUUGCUGGGAACCAUUUGAGUUGAGAUAAUUUUGACUGUUUUUAGUUAAGAAUGUUCAUUAAACUCUUCCUGACUUACUAUUUUGUUUUCGAUAAAAGAUUUUGAGAUGUUA